AUCAGAUUAUUGGACGGUAAAAGGCUGGCUAUGGUCAAAUGGAUUGUGACGUGAUGGUUUAAAAUCCUGGGGGAGGGAGAGCAUCGCAUGUCCUCGCCCACGGCAUGGCUCCUCAAAUAUCACCCUAGUGAGGCGUGAACCAGCACGAGCGGUAACAUGGCCACCUAUCACCAGAUACCAGAUGAUGAGAAGGGGUAUGAGUUGGACCUCUUCUGUGUCCCCAAACACUAUGAGGAGGAUUUAGACAGGGUCAUCAUCCCUCAUGGACUGAUCAUGGACAGGACUGAGCGUCUGGCUCGUGAUAUAGUCCGGGACAUGGGGGGACACCAUAUAGUAGCACUGUGUGUUCUCAAAGGAGGUUAUAAAUUCUUUUCCGACCUGCUGGAUUAUAUCAAGGCCCUAAAUCAGAACAGUGAUAAGUCUGUCCCGUUGACUGUGGAUUUCAUUAGACUAAAGAGCUAUUGCAAUGACCAGUCUACAAACAGUGUCAAAGUUAUUGGAGGGGAUGAGCUCUCUACUCUAACGGGGAAGAAUGUUUUGAUAGUUGAGGACAUUGUGGAGACUGGGAGGACUAUGGAGACACUGCUAUCACUGCUGAGUGAAUGCAAUCCAAAGAUGGUCAAAGUGGUCAGCCUUCUAGUUAAGAGAACACCAAGGAGUUCAGGAUACAGACCAGACUACAUGGGGUUUGAGGUGCCUGAUUGGUUCCUGGUGGGAUAUGCCCUGGACUACAACGAGUACUUCAGAGAUCUCGGUCACAUCUGUAUACUGAAAGAGAAAGCAAAGGUGAAGUACAAAGUGUGAGUUGAAGAGGAGGCAAUGGACAGAUGGAUGAACCACUUUGGAUGAAACUAGGCAAAUUGAGAUUUUUGGGGUUCUGAACCAAAUGUUUUUUUUAUUUAUUUUUUUACCUCAUGGAUCCUACUUACAUACUUAAUAGAGCCCCACGGUGGUGUCAUAAUACCUAUAUAAUCUAGAGGUCAAUCAGAUAAAUGGUUCCAAUCGGUUUUCCACCAUUUAGAUACCGUUUGGAACCACUUUUUUGUUUGACCGCUGGAUGUAAUGGGGAUUAUGACUCAUACAUUGGUAUUCUAUGUGAACACAUGGAUUGUGAAUUCACUUUGCAAGAUGCUCUUUGAGAACAUUUUUAUUUCUUAUUUUCAAAAUGAUUGUUUCCCUGGAAGGAGUGGGAUGAGUAAUGUGUUUUUAAGUAGAGGAGGACUCGUGUAAAGAUGGUUAUGGGAGAUAUUACACUAUUAUAAUUUCAAUGUAUUUUAUAUAUUAUCUUGGGGCCUUGAAGGCCUCUUAGUCUGAUUAUGUUAGUAAUAGUGAACAGUGGUGACCUGUCAUUCAGGGUAGGUGUGGCAGAGCCCCACUGUUUUGAGCCCCACUGUUUUGAGCCCCACCUGUUUUGAGCCCCAC